AUGGGGAAGAAGAAGAAGAGAGCGACGGAGAAGGUUUGGUGCUAUUACUGCGACAGAGAGUUCGACGACGAGAAGAUUCUCGUGCAGCACCAGAAAGCCAAACACUUCAAGUGCCAUGUAUGCCACAAGAAGCUCUCUACAGCUAGCGGCAUGGUGAUUCAUGUCCUCCAGGUUCAUAAAGAGAAUGUUACAAAGGUUCCUAAUGCUAAAGAAGGACGAGAUUCAACUGAUAUUGAAAUAUACGGAAUGCAAGGAAUUCCAGCUGAUGUCUUAGCUUCUCACUACGGAGAAGAAGAGGAAGAGUCUCCAGCCAAAGUAGCAAAAAUUGAAAUUCCUUCCGCUCCUAUAGGUGGUGCAGUUCCUAGACCAUACGGAAUGGUUUAUCCUCCUCAGCAAAUGCCUGGUGCUAUGCGACCAAUGUAUUAUCCUGGUGCUCCUAUGCGUCCACAAGCUCCUCCUGGUCCUGGAUGGCCUAUGCCACCUCCUCCCCGUCCACAACAAUGGUAUCCGCAAAAUCCUGCACUUCCUCAACCUCCACAUCUCGGGUAUCAUCGACCACCACCGCUUUUUCCUGUUCAUGGUAUGGGGAUGAAUAUGCCAACACCAUCUCCUGUAGCCAGUGGGGUUGCUCCUCCUGGGAUCCCUUCAUCAUCUCCUGCAAUGACGGCUCCUCAACCUCUUUUCCCUGUUGUGAGUAGCAGCACUCCUUCUCAGGCUUCACCAUUUUCUGCUCCUCUUCCCGUUGGUGGUGGAGGUCAGCAACCGCUUCCUGCUGAUGCCACCAGUGCAUAUCCGCCUAACAACUCUUUUCCAGUGGGUGGGACUAAUGCUCAUUCGUAUGCGUCUGGUCCAAACACCAGUGGUCCUUCGAUUGGUCCACCUCCUGUGAUUGCAAACAAAGCUCCUAGCUCUCAGCCUAACGAGGUCUAUCUUGUAUGGGAUGAUGAAGCAAUGUCUAUGGAGGAAAGAAGAAUGUCCUUACCGAAAUACAAGGUUCAUGAUGAGACUAGCCAGAUGAACUCUAUAAACGCAGCUAUAGACAGACGGAUCUCAGAGAGCAUGCUCGCUGGACGGAUGGCAUUUUAG